AUGGGCUGCGGUGAUACUGAGACACCACCGCCACCUGACAUACUUUUGUUCCACAUACUACCAAGGGUGCCAGGUAAGUCCGUACACCGUUUUCUGUUCGUUUGCAAGCAAUGGCAGUCGUUCUUGACAACACCAACGUUUGCCAAGAUGCAUCAACACCACCACAAACUUCUUAUUACCUUAUCCACCACAACACCAUGCAAGUUUAGCACCAUCAACUUGGAAGCACCUCAAGACGGUCUAACCGCGAGCCGUCCUUUACCAUUCGAAGCCAGUCAUGAACACGUACAGAUCAUAGGGUCUGCACGUGGACUGGUAUGUUUACGCAUGAUUAACAAAUGCAACGGGAGGAUAUACACCGAUAUAAUUCUAUGGAAUCCUUUAACGGGUGAAUACAAGACCGUGCCUAGACCCAACGUCGAAAAAUGUCACGUGACCACUGCAAAAAUAGUCGGGUUGUAUUACAGUUGCGACGACUACAAGCUUCUACUCGUAACCAAGGACUGUAAUGUUUAUAUAUACUCGUUGAAAUCCGACUCGUGGAGACACGUUGAGACGACAGAAGAGGAGUCGAGCUUUCUACCCACUUACACAGUUAUAGGUUAUCGGAAUAUCAAUUGA